AUGGCUGUACAGGUGAAUCGAAACUAUCUACCACGUAUGCAGCGAUUGCAGCCGCGACCUACGAAGACAUUCCGCGGACCAUCACCGAACUCAACCUUUCGUCAUCGCUCCCACCCUAAGGCCAUCGAGUUGCCCGAGGAUGUGCGCGCACUUAAGUUUAAAAUUCUUCGAUCACAUCCGACCAAGCUCACGCGCUUCAGCAUCAGUCAUAUGCGCCACAUGGCCACUCCACCCGUGAUCAUUCCUGAUACGCUGAAUGAACGCUUCGCAACAAAGACGUUUGUAUCGGGCAAGAACGUACCGCUCACCAUGCGCAUGUGGCAAAAUUGCAAGAAGAAGGCCAAGCACCUUGACAUGAUCGACGAAUAUGUCACUUACCGGUGA